GGGUAUUUAACGUUGAUUUGCAACUACAUAUAUAGUAAUACUUACGUGCAGGCUGGGCUUGCUUCGGAGUAGCAGUUUGUGCAGGUAUUUUGGACUUUGUUCAUCGUUUUAAUUAUUUUUUGUGCCUUAUUUUUAUAGCCAAGAUAUUUUCUAAGUACUUGCAUCGCUCGCUGUUUAUUGCUUCGACCGCAGUUUUGAAAAUAAGCAAGAAAACACUGGAAAGUAACUCUCCUAACCAUAUUAGGUGCCGCACACCCGGUGAUAGCUGAUAACAGCAUAUAUUUUUUCUACAUACGUAAAUCAUAAAUAAGUACCUAAUAAGGCUUGAAAAAACAUGACACUCAAUGCCCAGUACGAAGAGAUUGGCAAGAAAUUUGUCGAACAAUAUUACUUGAUGUUCGAUGAUUCUACCCAGCGACACAACCUGGUGAACAUGUACAACUCUGAAUUAUCGUUUAUGACAUUUGAGGGAAAACAGUUUCAAGGUGCUGCAGGAAUCAUGGAAAAAUUCAAUAACCUAGGAUUCCAAAAAAUUCAAAGAAUAAUAACAGCAGUUGAUUCUCAACCCAUGUUUGAUGGAGGUAUUCUAAUCACUGUUUUAGGAAGGCUGCAGACUGAUGACGAUGAACCACAUGCCUUCAUGCAGACUUUUGUGCUUAAGCCACUAGGAACUUCGUUCUACUUACAACACGAUGUUUUUCGUCUAUGCAUCCACAAUCAAUAAUAGUGUAUGUAAGAAGGCGUGAUUAAAGAAAGAGGUUUAAUUGUCUAAUUUUUCAUUGAAAAUAAAUUUUUAAACAAAAAGUUUUUUGUCACCGCUGAGUACUCAUAAUGUCUACCGUUACUCAGGCAUCAACUGUUUUUAUAUAAAACUGCUUAAGUAUAAGAGAAAAGAGGAUUUAAGAAUAAAAAAGUUAAAUAAUGAA